UUUUGGGACAUAUUUUUGUAUAAGCAAGAAUUGGAAGAGAGAAAAAAUGAAUGAAAAGUCAGAGAAACGUCAUGAACAUGAUGAAAAUGAAGGCUCUGAAGUAGAUAUGAUUGAAUUUUCCCAAAAAAAACGGGUUGAAAAACGAAAAAGACAAAGAGGCCAGAAUAAAAAUAGAAAAAUAGUUAUAGAGAAGGAAUUAAAGCAGCUAUGUCCCCGUAUUUCUAUUGGGGAAGAAUGUCAGUAUGGGGAUUCCUGUAAAUUUGAACAUUCUAUUGAGGAAUAUUUAAAUGAAAAACCGGCAGAUAUUGGUGAUAUUUGCAGCGUUUUUAAUACAAGGGGAUGGUGUAGAUCAGGGUGGAAAUGCCGAUGGUUAGGAGGGCAUUUGUUAAAACCAGCAUCAGAUGUUAAAACAUGGAGUUUAAUCUCAGAUAAUGAUAAGAUGGAAAUGCAUAAAAAUGAUGAUAUUAACUAUGUUUCAUCUGAUAUUAGGAAGCUACUUUCACGUAAAUUGUAUUUAACGCCUAAAUCAGAUAGUUAUUUGGCUUCUUUGGAUCAAAAUCCUUAUACAAGUUGUUUUAACGACAAAGAAUUAGGGAAUAUUGAUAAGGAUUUUUCUAUAAAUGUUAUGGAAAAAAAAAAAAUAUGUUGGAAGGGUAGAAAGAUUCUUGCACCUUUAACUACAGUUGGAAAUGUUCCUUUUAGACGUAUUUGUAGUUCUUUUGGUGCAGAUGUAACUUUUUCUGAAAUGAUUGUUUCUCUUCCAUUGUUACAGGGCUUAAAAUCUGAAUGGGCUUUACCACGUGCACAUAUUUCAGAGCGAUCAAGUUUAGGGAAUGGGAAAAAUGGGCUUUUUGGUUUACAAAUAUGUGGAAGUAAGCUUUGGCAAUCUGUUAAGGCUACAGAAGUUUUAGUAAAUGUUUGUAAUGGAAUUGAUUUUAUUGAUUUGAAUUGUGGAUGUCCAAUUGAUCUGAUUUAUAAACAGGGCGCUGGUUCUGCUUUAUUAGAUUCUCAAACAAAAAUGAUUAAAAUGCUAGAAGGUAUGGCUUAUGUAUCUAAUUCCAUACCAAUUACUACAAAAAUUCGAAUGGGAACAAAAAAUAAUAAACCAAUCGCUCUUAAACUCAUUGCAAGAUUAAGAAAUGAACUUAAUUUAAGUGCUGUUAUAUUACAUGGACGAUCUAGACAACAACGCUAUACUAAAAAGGCUGAUUGGGAUUAUAUUUUUCAAUGUGCUUCUAUGAUAAAUGCAAUGAGAGAUUAUGAUGCUUAUAAUGAAGAUUCUAAAAAAAAUGCUGAAACUGGAAAUGUUUCUUCUAUGGCUUUUAUUGGUAAUGGCGAUAUAUAUAGUUGGGAAGAUUGGCAUGCUGCUAUGAUAUCUGGUGUAGAUACAGCUAUGGUGGCUAGAGGCGCCUUAAUAAAACCCUGGAUAUUCGAGGAAAUUGAUUCCAAACAAUACAUUGAUAAAUCUUCAACUGAAAGAUUAAAUAUACUUAAGGAUUUUUGUGAAUAUGGUCUUGAUUAUUGGGGCUCAGAUGAACUUGGUGUUAAUACAACACGGCGUUUUUUAUGUGAACUUCUUUCUUUUUUUCAUCGUUAUGUACCAACAACUAUGCUAGAAGUGCUUCCUCCAAAUAUUCAGGAUAGACCUCCACUUUGGAAAGGUCGUAAUGAAAUGGAAACCCUUUUAGCUAGUGAUAAUUCUAAAGAUUGGGUUAAAAUAAGUGAAAUGUUUUUGGGAAAAGUUAAAGAUAAUACUUUUAAUUUUAUACCUAAACAUAAAAGUAAUUCUUAUGAAAUAGAAAUUCAAGGUUAGUUGGAUGUUUGUUUUUUUUAUAAAACAAAUAAUAUUUUUAAUUUUA